AUGGAUUCACAAAGGAAACCAAAGGGUUUUUUGAUGGAAAGAGGUUGGUGGAUGUCGACUAACCUGGCAAAUGACAGUAUGCAUGCUAGGAAUUUGAAGAAGAAUCAGCUUGGAGGUGUAAUAUUUGGUUGUACGAACAAUACUAUAAAGGAAUGCUUAUUCAAACAACUCUUUGGUUUACCGGGUCAGCAUUUUUCAUAUGUAAAGAAUAUUGAUUCCGGCCUGCCACUCUUCUUAUUCAACUAUAGUGACAGGAAACUUUAUGGAAUGUUUGAGGCUGCUAGCUCUGGCCAAAUGAACAUAAACCCGUAUGGCUGGACUGCUGAUGGUGCACAGAAAACACAAUACCCUGCCCAGGUUCAAAUUCGCGUGCGGCUGCAAUGCCAACCACUACUUGAAGAACAGUUUAAACCAAUAAUUGCAGAUAACUACUACAAUCACAAUCAUUUCUGGUUUGAGCUUGACCAUGUUCAAACCAGCAAGCUGACAUCCUUAUUAGCAUCUUUAGCAGUUGCACCUAGCACUUCUGUACUAACGCAGAAUACAGAGAAGUGGAGGACUAUAUUCCAAGCUCGUCCCUUACCUGAAUCAAGAGAGGAAGCUGAAGAGGGAAACUCACCUGCUUCAGAAAUUGACCAUGCUGAUAACUCGAGUACAAAAUUGGAUUCUAUGGACGUCGCUUCUUCAGAUGUAAACAAGCAACCAGCAAAAGGUCAGUUGGAUGUGACGGCGGUGGAACAAGAAGAGAAAGAGUUAAUAUUCAAAAAACUGCAAGAAUUGGCUCUCAAAUCUGGAACUCAAGACUUGUCUUGGAGGGAUUGCACAGAGGAUUCUCUUCCUAUAAAUGAUAUGCACUUGAAAGAGAAGGAUUCUGCAAAGAAGCAGAUGGGUUCAGAGGAAAAGAAUGAUGAGAAUCCUUGUACUUCAUCUGGUUGUCGAUCUAUCAUUGCUCAGUUGGUUGAAGGGAUGGAAGAGCUUAAGGCUUUUAGAACAGAACAAACUCUGAAGAUGGGUUAUUUAGAACAGAAGCUGAUUGAAGUUGAUUGUGCUAGUUUUGUUGAGGCCGAAGAACAAAUUCAACAAUUGAAAGAUCGAUGUAUGAUGUUGGAAUUUAUGUCUAAUCCUUCCAAGUCAGGCAUUGCUGAAACAGUCAAUGAUUCUGUUGACGAACAGCAUUUGGAUCCUACUGAUGCCAUCCAUGUGAUGGGGGGAUAUGAUGGUGAAUCAUGGUUGUCGGCUUUUGGUUUAUAUUUUCCUUCACAGGAUGUAAUGAAAUCUUUGAGGCCUAUGAGCUGUGUUCGUUCAUAUGCUUCAGCUGCACAGUUUCAUGAUGAGCUCUAUGUUUUUGGUGGUGGAAAUGGGCAGUUGUGGUAUGAAACAGUUGAAUCAUACAAUCCAGCUAAUGAUCAGUGGAUCCCUCGCCCAUCCCUUUCUGAGAAAAAAGGGAGUUUGGCUGGCGCUACUUUAAAUGACAAAAUAUUUGCCAUUGGUGGUGGAAAUGGGGGCGAAUGCUUUGCAGCUGUUGAAAUGUUUGAUUUGCAUAUUGGAAAAUGGAUCCCAACAAGGUCGAUGCUACAAAAGCGAUUUGCUCUUGCAGCCAUGGAACUCAAUGGUGUACUUUAUGCAACUGGUGGAUUUGACGGUAGUGAUUAUUCAAAGACUGCUGAAAUGUUUGAUCCCAGAGAACAUUCAUGGAGCAGAAUUCCAAGCAUGAAUGCAAAGAGGGGCUGCCAUUCAUUGGUUGUUUUGAAUGAAAAACUAUAUGCUCUGGGUGGUUAUAAUGGAAGUACAAUGGUUUCAAGCACUGAAAUAUUUGAUCCUCGUCUUGGCUCAUGGAUCCCUGGGGAACCAAUGAACAAGCCUAGAGGCUAUGCUGCUGCUGCUGUCGUGAAGGAAUCUAUACAUGUUAUUGGAGGGCUGGAAUCUGCUGAAAACAUUUUAGAUACCGUUUCGACCGUGGAAUUGGGAUCCAAGAGUUCAUCUGAUAACAAAACUGGAAACAUGGCAGCUUUCUUAGCAACCCGGGUCACUCAAGGUGUGGUGGGGAAGCCAUCUGCUUCCACAAAUUCACAUGCAUAG